ACAGCCAGCAGGAACAUUGACGUCACUGGCUGAUAAAUUUGCAAAACGUCUACUGUUCUGGAUGUAACGCAUUCCACGACUAUGUUAUCUUUUAUGUAAUCUGUUAGCAUACACGAUAACUAUUAUCGAUGGAGACUAAUGUAUAUUAACGACGGACUUUACAAACGUAACAGCAUUAUUCUGUCGUUGCCAACGCGACACAACAUCGUGUCCAACAGUUACACCUCCAUCAUUCUCGCGCAUUUAUCGCAAGCUUUAUCCGUUCAAAACACAACCAUCAUGGAUCCAUUUACGGUAACUCUAUUACUUGGUGUAGUUUUUCUACUCAUUUAUUACUAUCUGUGGAGAGGUAUGAACUACUUCAAGGAACGCGGAAUCGCUCACGAUCCGGUGAUCCCGAUCAUAGGACACAUGUUGCCGAUCAUGAUGCGUCGCAUUUACAUGGGACACUACCUGAACGAUAUGUACAAUCGUUACUCGGACAGAAAGUACUUUGGAUUCUACAAUUUCAUCAGGCCCCUCAUAGUGAUCCGUGAUCCCGACCUGAUGAAUUCGAUCACCAUCAAGAAUUUCGAUUACUUCACGGACCAUCACCCCGUAGUAAACAAGGAUCUGGAUCCUCUGGUAGCGAAGAACCUGUUCGGCCUCAAGGGCGAUGAUUGGCGAGAGAUGAGGAAGCUUCUGAGCCCGUCGUUCAGCUCUGCGAAGAUGAAGAUCAUGUUCAAGCUGAUCAUCGACUGUGCGGACAAUUUCACGAAUCACGUCGCGAUCGAGUCGAGGAACGGAAAGAUUUACGAGUUGAAGGAGAUCCUGGGUCGAUAUACCACCGACGUGAUCGCGACCUCCAGCUUCGGGAUCGCCGUCAAUUCGAUGAUGGAUUCGGAGAACGACUUCAACACGUUCGCCAGAAAGACGCUGCAAAUCUCGUUCGCUCGAGGGAUAAAGAUGUUCAUGGGCGGGACUUUUCCCAGGUUGACGAAGCUGCUCGGACUGAGCGUGUUCGGCGAGCAGACACGUCUCUAUUUCAAAAGAGUCAUCGCUGAAACUGUUCGACAAAGGAAGGAAAAGGGCAUCUAUCGUCCGGACAUGAUCCAACUGAUGAUGGAGUCGAGGAACUCGAAAGGAGAGGAACUGACGAUCGACGAGAUGACGAGCCAGGCGUUCGUCUUCUUCCUGGCGGGCUACGACACGUCUUCGACCUUUAUGUGCUUCGUGCUUUUCGCGAUCGCCGCGAAUCCGGAUGUGCAGGCCAAGUUGCGAGCGGAGAUCGAGGAAGUGGCGCGAAAGGCCAAUGGCCAGCCAACUUACGACGCUAUCAAAGACAUGGCCUACAUGGACGCGGUGUUGAACGAAACGAACAGACUAUUCCCAGCGGCGCUGUUCCUCGAUCGCGUGUGCGUGAAAGAGUUCGAGCUUCCGCCAGCCACGCCGGACUCGAAACCCGUCCUGGUGAAACCCGGAGAGGCCGUGUGGUUCCUGCCGUUGUCGUUUCAAACCGACCCGAAGUACUUUUCAGACCCGAUGAAAUUUAAGCCCGAACGGUUCCUCAACAACGAAGUUCCGCAGAAAGUUUAUAUUCCUUUCGGCAUGGGACCGAGAAUUUGUAUCGGGAACAGGUUCGCCCUGAUGGAGACCAAGAUCAUGUUGUAUUAUCUUCUGUUGCGCUGUGAAAUCGAGCCCUGCGCGAAAACUACGUUGCCGAUAACGCUCAGCAAGAAGAGCAUCAUGAUAAGCGUAGAUAAUGGGUUCUGGCUGAACUUCAAGGCUAGGAAGAACAUGUUUCCAUCGCAACCGAACGGUGUGAACGUUGCAAAAGCUUAAAACUUUUUGUAUUAUCGUAUUAUUAUAAUACAUGUUACAAGCUUCUUUUUUAAGAACGGUUUUUCUUUGUAAAGAAGAUCAGUGUAAAGAAUCGCGAGGAACGUCGGCCGUCAUUUUCAUCACCUUUCUACAAAAUGACCUGUUUGAUAAACUUAAAUUGUUGCAUAAAACAUUUCAAGUAGGUGAUAAAUCGAUACACCGCGUUCCACGCCUUCUUUUAAACGUGCAAAUCGUUAUUUUAAUUCUUUGUAUUUCCCACGAUACCACGUUUUCAUCAUAUUUUUCUACGUAGCAGCGUCCCAUUUUUCAUUUUAUAUUUAAGUUGGAUCGUAAAUUUACGACUUUAUAUCGGUUUAGUUUUAUAACGACUCGAACUUCGCCUUUUCGCCUUUCUUUUAUAAACUGCAAAAACGGCGAAUAAAUUUAUCAACUAAUUAAUAAAAUAGGA